AUGAAGAGACACUUGAACGGUACUGACACUAAUACCAGUACGAGUGACAGUGGUACAAGUAAUAGUAAUAGUGGUUAUAGUAAUAGUAAAAGUAGUAAUAGUAAUUGUAGUAGUAGGAGUAGUAGUACUAAUAGUAAUAGUAGUAGUAGUGGCGGUAGCACUAAUAGUAAACAUAGUAAUAGUUGUAGUACUAAUAGUUAAAGUAGUAGUAGUAGUAGCAGCAGUGGAUCAACAACUCCUGAACCAUCUACAUCAUCUACAUCUACAUCAUCUACAUCAUCUUCAUCUACAUCAUCUACAUCAUCUACAGAAUCCAGCAGCAGCAGCAGUAACAGCAGCAGCAGCAGCAGUAACAGCAGCAGCAGCAGCAGUAACAGCAGCAGCAGUUACAGCAGCAGCAGCAGCAGCAGUAACAGCAGCAGCAGCAGUAACUGCAGCAGCAGCAGUAACUGCAGCAGCAGCAGCAGUAACAGCAGCAGCUCUUUGUCACCACAUUCAUGUGUUCAUUUAAUUGAAGGACUGCCACAUGGGGGUGGGAGGACACGUAUGUUCUCCCCACACCAAGAGACCCUAAUUGUUGAUAUGGUCCGUGAGAACUACGCCAUUAAACUGAGUGGAAUUCAGCAGAAGAUCAUUGAGGACCAUGUCAAUGUUGAGGGUAUCAACAGUGUCAGCCUCUCUGCUGUUGAUCGUGUCAGACUGCACAUGAAACAGUCUGGAUACGGCCUGCCAGAGGCUUUCCCCCCGUUGCCUGGCUACGUGUAA